GCCGCCUCCCCGCCGCCGCCGCCGCCAUGAUGAUGCUGGGCCGCGGGCUGGACGCCAGGGACAAUCAGACUAGACAAAUACGAGAUGCUGUUUCAAAUGUGGAAAAACAUUUUGGAGAACUGUGCCAAAUAUUUGCUGGAUAUGUACGUAAAACUGCCAGACUACGAGACAAAGCAGAUCUUCUAGUAAAUGAAAUAUAUGCAUAUGCUGCUACGGAGACACCAAACUUAAAAGUUGGACUGAAAAACUUUGCAGAUGAAUUUUCCAGACUUCAGGAUUAUCGCCAGGCUGAGGUUGAAAGGCUUGAAGCCAAAGUUGUUGAACCGCUGAAAAGUUAUGGGACCAUAGUAAAGCUUAAAAGAGACGAUCUUAAAGCAACCUUAACGGCCAAGAAUCGAGAAGCCAAGCAACUAUCACAACUGGAAAAGACACGGCAACGGAAUCCGUCAGAUAGACACAUUAUCUCACAGGCUGAAAGUGAAUUGCAGAGAGCUUCGCUGGAUGCAACCCGAACAACUCGGCAAUUAGAGGAAACCAUUGAUAAUUUCGAGAAACAGAAAAUAAAGGACAUAAAAAACAUAUUUUCUGAAUUUAUAACCAUUGAAAUGUUAUUUCAUGGGAAAGCUUUGGAGAUUUAUACUGCGGCCUACCAAAAUAUCCAGAAUAUUGAUGAAAAUGAAGAUUUAGAGGUUUUUCGGAGCUCACUCUAUCCACCUGACUACCAGUCUCGCUUAGACAUCGUUCGUGCAAAUUCCAAGUCCCCCUUGCAAAGAACUGGUUCCUCGAAGUCUUCACUGAGGAUGCUUCAGCAGAUUUCCAGCAAUCGACUUAGGAAAGAUGAAGAGGAAGAAGAUGAUGAUGAAGAAGAGGAUGAUGAUGAGGAAGAAUUAGAUGCUGCUAAGCAAGAGAGAUGAUAAAAGUGUUCUAAAUAUUUUUUCUUUUUUUAAUUGAUGGGUGGAAAAAAAAAAACUUAACACCUUGUAUGUAUUAAUGAAAAUUUUCCCUGGGGUUGUAGUUUUAAAAUUCCAACAAAUGCAAACUGUAGUAUUAAUAGUACACUGKGGUCUACAGACCACAAAUGAUCAGUUUUAAAGAGUGGGAAUAAAUCUGCUGAAAAUGGACAAUUUUCAGUAGACAGAAAAUGAAACAUUUAAAUAGAAUUCUAUGUUAGACUUGCAUAGGAGUUAUAGUGCAGUCAUGUUUACAUAAGGCUUUCACCAUGAGCAGUGUCCCAAACCUGCACUAAGGUGCCAGGCAGUUAGGAAUGGGGGAGUCUGCUYGUCCCUUUGCCAACACAUUACAGAACACAAACCUCCUGGGUUGCCUUCUGGCUGCACCUGCCCUAGUGGCCGCUCCGCGUCUUAAGGGAACUGCAGGAGUCAAGAACUCGCU